UUAGGCGAGAAGGACACGCACGAGUUCGUCGCGUACUUCCAGAAGGAGCUCGAGGGCAAGGACGUGCGCAUCCACAGUUUGAACGAGCUCAUGGCCCACCAGGACGCGGAGCGCCAGGCGGAGCACGACGCGCUCGUCCGGCGCCAGAGCGAGCAGGUCGCGGACCUCGAGACGAAGCUCCAGACGGCCGACACGACGUCGACGGCGAAGAUCCAGAUGCUCGAGGACGAGCUCGCCAAGGUCGACACGUUCCGCGAGAUGAAGCUCGCCAUGGACGCCAAGAUCGAGGAGCAGGAGAAGGCGCUGAAGCUCGCCGAGGAGCGGCACCUCGCCGAGGCGACGGCGAACGAGCGCAAGUUCCUCGCGGAGAAGAGCAAGAUGCAGAAGGACCUGGAGAAGCGGACGUCCGACAUCCGGCGCGCGGCGAAGCAGGAGAUGCAGAACGGCCUCGACGCCGACACGCUCAAGGUCAUCGGCGAGAACCGGCGCAUGGCCGAGGAGCUGCGGUUCCAGCAGCAGAUGACCGCGGAGCUCCAGAGCGAGAAGAACGCCGUCGACGAGGCCGUGCGCGUGCUCCGGCGCGACAUGGAGCUCGCGCGCGAGAAGGAGGGCGAGUACGCGAAGCAGUCCCACGUGAAAAACCGCGAGGCGAAGAAGCGCGAGGAGAAGAUCGCGGCGCUCGAGGAGCUCCUCCGCGACGCGGGCAAGAAGUUCCAGGGCGAGAAGGCCCACUUAAGACGCUCGCUCCAGGCGUCCCUCGAGGAGCAGACCCUCGACGCCGCGGGCCUCCGGCAGAUGCUCCGCCUGAAGAACCGCGAGCUCUCGAAGCUCCGGCGCCUCGCGGAGAUGGUCCUCGAGCAGCGCACGGAGGUCGAGCAGUUCUUCCUGGAGGCGCUCGAGGACGUCAAGGCGAACAUCGUCAAGCAGCGCCAGGAGCGCUACCGCGCGGACAUGGCCGAGUACCGCACGCAGAUGCGCACCGCGACGCUCGGCGACGGCACGGCCAAGUUCCCGAAGAUCCGCGCGCUCCAGGCGGGCAAGGACGUCGACGGCAUGGGCCCGCCGGCGCCGGGCACCAUGCCCCACAACUUGUCGGCGAAGGUCCAGCUCAAGGACCUCACCCUGGAGGACCGGGAGCACGUCCUCCGGCUCCUCUUCGCGAAGAUCAACGCGGUCCACGGCAACGUCUCGAGCCUCCCGCCCCACGACCUGGAGAACAACGAGCGCACCUUCCUGACCAACUCCGCGCCCACGGGCGGCGGCGACGGGGGGAUGUAA